AACCUAGCGUCGCUUGUAAUUUUGUAAAUUUUGCAACAGAUGCUACAUGUGGCGUUCCCAGAGUUAAUUGUUGGCAAAAAGCGUCGUUUGUGGUUAAAGAACUAGAUGUUUCGUAUACAGACAUUAUACAGAGGAUUUAGAUUGGCAAAAUCAUCGUUCGAAAGCUCCUUUGCUGCAUAUCAGACCUCUGCCACAAUGACAGCCCCAGCGAACCCAGCCAUUGCCAAGCAGUAUGAGAACAUUACCAAGUCUGCAGAGGACAAGAGACUGUACCGAGGUCUUCAACUCAACAAUGGCAUGAAGAUCAUUCUCAUCAGUGAUCCUACGACUGAGAAGUCUGCAGCUGCCAUGGAUGUCAAUAUUGGUUCCUUGUCCGAUCCGUGGGAGAUUCCUGGUCUCGCUCAUUUUCUGGAGCACAUGUUGUUUCUUGGAACUGAGAAGUAUCCAUCAGAAAAUGCAUACUCACAGUUUUUGAAUGAGCAUGGAGGAUUUGCCAAUGCAUACACCAGCGGUGAACACACUAACUUCUACUUUGAUGUCUCCUAUGAGCAUAUAGAGGGAGCCCUUGAUAGGUUUGCCCAGUUCUUUCACUGUCCUCUCUUCAACCAAGAUGCCCAAGACAGAGAAGUGAAUGCAGUCGACUCUGAGAAUGACAAGAAUCUUAAGGCUGAUUCGUGGAGGAUCCAUCAGCUCGACAAGGGAACGGUUAACCCAUCUCAUCCCUUCAGCAAAUUCAACACAGGAAACAAGGAGACAUUAGCAACGAUACCGCUGGAUAAAGGCAUCGAUGUCCGUAAGGAGCUUCUCAAAUUCCAUUCUGAUUUCUAUUCUUCCAACAUCAUGGGCUUAGCUGUACUGGGUAGAGAGAGCUUGGAUCAGUUAUCAGAGAUAGUCCUACAGCUGUUUGCUAAUGUGGAGAACAAGAAUGUGAUGAUACCUGAGUGGUUGGAACAUCCCUAUGGAACAGACCAACUCAAGGUGAAGUUUGAAGUAGUGCCAGUCAAAGAUCUGAGACAGCUGAAUGUCAGCUUCCCUAUUCCUGAUCUACAAGAGCAUUACAAGUCAAAGCCUGCACACUAUCUAGGCCACCUGGUGGGCCAUGAAGGACCAGGAAGUCUACUCUCAGAGCUCAAGGCUAGAGGAUGGGUCAACACACUCUGUGGAGGAGAGAAGGAUGGAGCUAAAGGAUUCGCAUUCUUUAUCAUCAAUGUGGAUCUGAGUGAGGAAGGAUUAGAUCACGUAGAUGAUAUCAUCAUGCACAUGUUCCAGUAUCUGAACAUGCUGAGGAAAGAAGGUCCACAGAGUUGGGUUCAUGACGAAUGUCGUGACUUGGACACCAUGAGGUUUAGAUUCAAGGAUAAAGAGAGGCCAUCAGGAUAUGUCACCAAAAUGGCUCAUCUGUUGCAUGACUACCCUAUGGAUGAGGUGUUGAGUGCUCCUUAUCUGAUGCCAGAGUUCAAACCAGAUGUGAUUACUCAGAUCCUAGAAAGACUCACUCCGGAAAAUGUCAGAGUAGCGGUAGUCUCCAAAUCCUUUGAGGGUAAGACAGAGCAGGUAGAGAAAUGGUAUGGCACCGAGUACAGCAUCAGGAAUAUAGAACCAAGCAUGAUCAAGACAUGGAGUGAAGCAGGCCUGAACGAGAAAUUCAGCCUCCCUCUCAGGAAUGAGUUUAUCCCUACAAACUUUGAGGUGGCCCCCAGGGAGAAGGAGGGUGCUGCCACCCCCACCAUGGUCAGAGAAACACCUGUUAGUAAGCUCUGGUUCAAACAAGACGACACUUUCCUCCUACCCAAGGCCUGCAUGCUGCUGGAGAUAUCAAGCCCUCUGGCUUACAUCGACCCCCUACACUGUAAUCUGACCUCUAUCUUCUGCACCUUGUUACGGGAUGCCCUCAACGAGUAUGCAUACGCAGCAGAGAUUGCUGGUGUCAGUUACUCCAUAGACAGCACCAUCUAUGGCCUGGAGGUUGGUGUAGGAGGCUACAGUGACAAGAUGGCUCUCCUACUACAGAGAAUCUUUGAGAAGAUGACCAACUUCGUAAUUGAUGAAAACAGGUUUGACGUCAUCAAAGAAACGUAUUCAAGAAUGUUGUCCAACUUUCACGCCGAGCAGCCUCACAGACAUGCAGUCUACUACACUUCAGUGCUAGUAGCUGAACAGGCCUGGACCAAACUAGACUUGGCCCAGUGUAUGGAUGAGGUAACGUUAGAGAGGUUGCAAAGCUUCAUCCCUCUGCUCCUGUCCAAUCUGCACAUGGAGGGUCUCUUCCAUGGUAACCUAGCGCAGGAGCGGGCUUCCUCCACCAUGGAGACCCUGGAGAACAUCCUAAAGACCAACUCCAGGAGUAAACCACUCCUUCCCAGUCAGCUCAAGAGACAGAGAGAGAUUCAGCUACCAGAUGGUUGCUACUACACAUACCAUCGUAACAACGAGGUACACACUAACUCAGGGAUUGAGAUCUACUAUCAGACAGCCGUCCAGGAGACAAAGAGUAACAUGAUGCUGGAACUCUUCUGUCAAAUUGUCAGCGAGCCAUGCUUCAACAUGCUUAGAACAAAAGAGCAAUUAGGUUACCUAGUAUUCAGUGGUGUGAGGCGUUCUAACGGCGUGCAGGGUCUUAGAUUCAUCAUUCAGUCAGAGAGGGCGCCAUCCUAUUUAGACCAGAGAAUAGAAGCGUUCCUCGCUAGCAUGGAGUCAUAUUUAGACGAGAUGACAGAGGAAGAUUAUCAGAAGCAUGUGACAGCAUUAGCAAUGAAGAGAUCUGAGAAACCCAAACAGCUGAGAGAAGAAGCAGCCAGAUACUGGACAGAAAUCACCAGCAAGCAAUACAACUUUGAUAGAGUUGACCUUGAGGUGUCCUUCUUGAAGACCAUCACCAAAAAUGACCUCUUGACCUUCUACCGUACCCUCCUGAUGGUUGCCGCCCCCAGGAGGCACAAGCUGGCCGUCUACGUCUAUCCCCCGGCUCCCGAGGGGGUGGUAGAUCAGAUCCCAGCUGUGGGUCAGGACCAACCUGAUGCUGCUACUAAAGACAAGCUGGACCUGUGUGAGGCUCCAGUCCUUCCUGAGCCUCAAGGCAUCAUGGAUAUAGCCCUGUUCAAGAGUGGCCUUCCACUCUUCCCUAGGCCUCCACCACACAACACCAACAAUGCCAAGUCCAAGCUUUGAGGAUCGUCCAACAUAGAUCUUAAACAGGCUCAGAGCGUAUUCUCCUGUAUCAGUGUGUCCACAAGUACUCCACCACACGACACCAACAAUGCCAAGUCCAAGCUUUGAGGAUCGUCCAACAUAGAUCUUAAACAGGCUCAGAGCGUAUUCCCCUGUACCAGUGUGGCCACAAGUACUCCACCACAUGACACCAAUGAUACCAAGUCCAAGCUUUGAGGAUCGUCCAACAUAGACAGAAUCUUAAACAGGCUCAGAGCAUAUUCCCCUGUACCGGUGUGGCCACAAGUACUCCACCACAUGACACCAACAAUGCCAAGUCCAAGCUUUGAGGAUCGUCUAACAUAGACAGAAUCUUAAACAGGCUUGAAGCGUAUUCUCCUGUACCAGUGUGGCCACAAGUACUCCACCACAUGACACCAAUGAUACCAAGUCCAAGCUUUGAGGAUCAUCCAACAUAGACAGAAUCUUAAACAGGCUCAGAGCGUAUUCCCCUGUACCGGUGUGGCCACAAGUACUCCACCACAUGACACCAACAAUGCCAAGCCCAAGCUUUGAGGAUCGUCUAACAUAGACAGAAUCUUAAACAGGCUCAGAGCGUAUUCUCCUGUACCAGGGUGGCGAUAAGUGCUCUUCAGACCUCCACCACAUGACACCAAUGAUACCAAGUCCAAGCUUUGAGGAUCGGUAAAGCUGAUCUUGAAGGUUGCUCGUGGCCAUGAUUGGAUUGUACGUCAUUCUUGUUCUAGAUGAAUAUGUUUUUAUUUGAGUUGCCAGGUUCAGGCAAUUC